AUGUCUCCUUCGCUUAACAACAACAUAUCCCCUCCGCAAUAUAACAAGGACAAAACAUGUCCUUUAUCCAAAGGCAAUUUUUUUUAUACAAACGCAUUAUGCGCCUUCUCCUUCAACAUAUACUACGCUCUCGGAGGGCAUCAUCGGGUAUUAACAAAUUAUUACCGUCCUCUCUUUGCCCGCCCUCCGCCCAAGAGCCAAAUCCAAGGCCAAACUUACGGCAAUAUCCCACUCAGCUGGACAACAGAGCUGACUGGUGAAGAUAAGGAUGAAGGCCUGUACGAGAAGGGGAUGAAACGGAUGGGGCCGUUUACUUUUGCCUCGUUCCUCGCGGUCGAGGAAAAGAAGAAUCCGAUGAAGCCGUUUUCCUCGUACCUCGCGGUCGAGGAAAAGAAGAAAAGGAAGAAGCGGUUUUACGUCGUACCUCGCGGUAGAGAAGGAGAUGAAACGAAUGAAGCUCCUGGAGAUAAUGAUCUUAAAGAGAUUGCAAUUUUUCCUACUAGAGAUAACAAUCCACUACGCGCCGGCUCAUGUCUCGGCAGAUCCGGCCCUAUACAGGCUACAAAGGCCGAGAAAGCAAACGAUCCCUUUUGA